AUGGAAAUGCAGGGCCUCGACGAUGGCACCGGAUCUGAUAUACUGCAGCCCAAGAUAGAGACUCGUAAAGCCGGGUUGAGAGAAAUCUGGUCGUCUUCUCCUUGGAAAGUAACUUUGAUUGCUCUUGCGGCCCUCCUUGCGCUCGCCAUCAUUGUAGUCCUCGCUGCAGCCGCGGAAAUGACAUCACAGGGCUACAUAAUGGGCCGGGACUGCUAUCCCAAUGGUCUUUGGAAAGAAAAGCCUGGUGCGACAUGGCGCAUCAUGGAUUCUUCCUACUUUUUCACGCCAAACCUCAGCUUUGGAGCCUUCACCUUCACCCAGGUCAAAGUUAUCGACGUUGCUUGGGACGUCAUCGUCGGGAGAGGGGGACAGUUACUGCUGGGUUGGAUCAACUAUCGCGUCUUCAACGAGUGGCUGAUAUAUCACAUGGAGAUGCAUUUCACUUCCUACAAACUCUACGCGGCUGUUGCGUUUGAAACAACGACUAUGGGUACGCUUGGUGUAUUAGCAAGAGAGUUUCUGGCGUUUGGCAAAAGAACACGGCGUCGGUUCUUCAGGUGGCUUGCGAUGCUGUCCAUGUUGCUGUCGACUCUGUACGUGCUAUCAUUUCCGACUUUGAUGGGUGCCAUGACGGGUUACAUUACUACGUACGAGCUAUAUGUGGAGAAUCACGACCACAACCUCAUCGAGUGGAGUAAAGUAAGACGAGUGACGAAUAUUAUUCAAGAUGCGGAUAGAUUAUUACGCUACGACAAACCCUUGAUAAUCACAGAAGCCGAUACGGAACUUAGAAACGCUGUCAAACUUUACAUGGAACAGUUCGAUCCUGAUACAGGCAGAACCCCCGGAACAACUGUAGACGGUUUUACUUACUCCGAGCUAUACACUGAUGAGCCUUCAAAAUGGGUAGUAGAAGGGAUGACGACACCUCUAGAGCUCACUUCCCCAAGCCUCAAUAUUACAACCUACCGGACCUACCCAGAAAAGAUAAUACCUCCGCCAGAAUGGCAUGGACAGGUCCCCGUUGCUUUCGAGGACCGUCCCACAGAUGUAUACAACACUUCAUACUUGCUUGAGCACGGCUCCUGUCAACCAAGCGAGACAUACCAGUGGGGCUUCUCCUACAUCUUCCUCUUCAUGGUGUCCAUAUUCAACUUCAUCUGGACAUGCAUCAUGAUAGGCAUGUGGCUCGAUACACGGCUGAGCUCGAGAAUGUACAAGAGUGGGCGGAGACCGGGGCUGUUGCGCAGCAUCAUGGAUUACUCGGCUGCAGUCAGGCAGGAGCUUGGUACCGAGGCUGAGUAUCUAGAGGAAGACGACUUGCGGAGGCGUUUGAAACAGAGCGGGGGUUCGUUGAUAGUACCGAGUGGGGAGCUUAGGAUAUCGCGGGCGGAUACUGGAGAGAGGGAGAUGAGGGAGAGGGGGUGGCGGAGGAGAUUGACGAAGGGAAGCACGUUUUGA